UUGGGAAUCGACCUACAGUUGACGAAGUUUUCGGCCUGCUGAUUAAAACGCUCUCUGUUUUCGAUCGCGUAUCUGUGGUCAUUGACGGCUUGGAUGAAUGUCGACCAGAUGACCGUCCCUCAUGUCUUGAGCUAAUCAACCGUUUGCGUCUAGAGCAUCCGGACAAGCUUUACAUCCUGAUCACGAGUCGGCGCAAUCUUGACAUAGAGGAAGCUCUGAAGACAUCGACACCAAGUUCGAUGAUCUCGUUCCAGAAUCACAUGACCGACCACAAUAUCUCGUCAAUAGCUUACGAGAAGUUGCUCGACAGUAUUCCCGUCGAACAGCAUCCAUUGGCAAAGUCGGCCCUCAGUUGGCUGACGUUCGCAUUAGAGCCGCUGUCUGUCGAAGCAUUAGCGGAAGCUGUUGCUCUACGCGAACAUGACCUCGAACAUGAUCUCAAGAUACGGGCUCACGAUCCACAAUCUCUUUUGGCAAUUCUAGCCCCAUUUGUUUCUCCGCGACCAGAUCCAUCGAUUCGGCUGGAUCGAGACCUGCUGAAUGCUCUUUCCUCGGGUAUCAUCACCAAAGAUGCUCUAGGAACUUUCUAUACGAAUCAGGACGAAGUUCGGUUGUAUAUGGCCGAAUGCUGCAUACAGUACGUCCUGCUCUAUGCAAGAUCGGAGGCCCGGGAAGGAAACACGAACGAUCUGUCCACUUUUCCCUUGCUGCAAUACGCUAGUAAACACUGGAUACCGCACCUACGACAGCUUUGGGAAGUAUACACGAAGGAAGAGCAGAGUAAUAUUGAGCAACUUACUCUGAGACUUCUCUCUGAUGACGAAUCACUUGAUUGCUGCUUAUCGGUCUACGACCCGCAGGAUCCCGGUCGGGAGCCAUUUACAGCUCUUUCAAACAGAGAUGCAGCCAUAUUUUACGCAGUUCGGACAGGUAUGGAAAGCGUGGUUACCGCUCUCCUUGAGAGUGAUGCUGCGAACAACGAGUGUGACGACCUCGGUCGUCAACCAUUACACAUAGCCGUCGAAAAUGACGAUGCUCACAUUGUUAAGGUGCUAGUCCAACACCAUGCGAGUACUACUGCGGAGAAUGAGUGUGGCGAAACGCCCCUUUCAAUUGCUGCACUCUCAAACUCGAGCUCUGAAACACUUGACAUAUUGCUCCAACACACAGAACUACAAGUUUUGUCCAACUUGAACGUGAAAGGAGCGCCUUUUAUACGCGUCGUUACGCAAAAAAGCACCGGCCAAGUGUUAGGCAAGCUUAUCUCCCACCUCGGAUUAUCGGUGGAGGAGCUAAAUCAGAGAGACGAAGAUGGCCGGACGUUGUUGCAUUUCGCUGCUGAAUGGGGAAAUACAUCGACAAUAUCUACUCUUCUGGAAGCAGGUGCUGAUGCGAAUGUGGGAGAUAAGGAGGACGACAGGCCUUUGCAUCUUGCGGUUCGGUUUGAUCAAGAAGAAGCAAGAGAGAGGCUGAUUGCUGGCAAUGCUGACCCGACACUCUUUAAUUUGAAGAAAGAGACCCCUCUUGCAGAGUCGUGGACACGAAAAUCGCUGGAUUGGAAUUCUUAUCAAGUGGACAUGGGGCUUGAAGCAAGCUCAAACAUGAGUCGACCGUCACAAGCAGCCUGUCAUAUUUUGUCAAAGCAAGGGGAUUGUCAGGGGCCACAAAUAAUCUUCUCCAAAACCUACGAUUGGUCUCAUCUUGACGGCAAUGAAAACAGAAAGGCCGAGCGGAAAACUCUUCUACUUUCUCUGAUGCGCGAAAAGAAGUCUCUCCAGCGCCUAGACCACCCCUUCAUUGUCUCGUAUCUGGGCUUUAUCCAACUAGAGCAGAAGAAGUCCAAAUAUAACUUGUAUCUGGAAUAUUGCGACGGUGGGGACUUAGAAACAAGGCAUAUUAACAGGACACAACAAAAUGAAGGGCCCGCGAGCGAUGACGAAGAAGACGAAGCGCUCCUAGCUGAAGCAGGUAUACAAGACUCAUCUGACACGACUAGCCCGGAUGAAAACCCUCCCACGUCCAUGAAGGCGGUAGAGCGCCAAGCCUUGGAUGAAGACGCUGUCUGGACCUUGAUGUACCAGCUAUUUGCCGCUUUAGCCUAUCUCCAUUACGGCAUCUCGAUCUCAAAAGAGGGGGCCUGUCGCGUUGAGCAUCACUGGGACACUAUGUUGCACAGAGACAUAAAGCCCCAUAACAGUAAGAAAACAUCCGAGAUGAUCAUUCGCGGACUAUUUUUCGUGUUCUAACCAGGCUCUGCACAAAGUCGUCCUGAAAUCUGGGCCAAACGGCCAGCGAAUCGCGAAGUUAUGUGACUUGGGACACGUUCGUAACUGGAAAGCCGCCGGCCCGAUGACCGUUCCCACAUACAGAGGCACACGCGAGUAUUGGCCACCAGAAAUCCAAGGUGCCAGUCUCUCACUAGAGGAGCGGCACCGUCAAUGGUCUACGAAAGGCGAUGUCUGGUGCCUUGCAAGUUAGUGUUUUCGAGGCCCAUAGCUUGAUUUUUGCUC